AUGGAUGCCACUAUCGUUGACAGGAAACCGAACCCUCUUUUAUCAUGGCAUAUCGGGCUGCCAAACACCGAGCUGUACCAAUUUCCGCCCGACCCUCGCCCGUUUCCAUUGGAGCUCUUGCGAAGCUCUCACCAGCUGUCAUGGGAGAGGCCCGUCGGUAUUUCGCGAGCUGUAUAUGAGUAUACCAUGCAGCCCAGAUUCCCGCUUUUUAUUGUUUUCUCGUACAUUGUGGCGGUGAUUAUUGGGAAUAUGAUCAACGAGCAGCGAAAAAAUCGACCAGCAGCAUACGCCCAGACUCCUGGCUUCCGCAGAUUUAUCCUUGUCCAUAAUACGACUUUGGGAGUCUUUUCUGUCUGGGCACUUAUUGGCCUGUCCAAAGCCAUAAAGCAUUCAUGUCCCGAACAUGCUGAAUUCUCAUCUAUCACAUUUGUGGAUGCAAUGUGCAAGGUCCAUGGGCCGCAGGGGGUGGGGAACGGCUACAUGGGCGUGUACAGCCGAUUUACGGAUGUAUCGGAGUUUCUCAGCACCCACAGUGGAGGAAAUAGGCUAUGGGACCAAGGACUCGGAUAUUUUGGAUGGAUUAUUUUCAUAUCCAAGAUCUACGAACUUGCGGAUACAUUCAUCCAGCUGUCAAAGGGAAAGAGAAGUUCUUUUCUCCACACAUAUCACCAUGCCGGUGCUGUUGUGUGUGCAUGGAUGGGGGCCCGCUAUAUGGUUCCCGCAGCCAUUGUGCCCUACUUGAUUAACUUGGCGGUUCACAUACUGAUGUACUCUUAUUAUGCGAUGUCUGGGCUACAGUUUCGGGUUCCUGUGAGGAUGAAACAGCUUUUAACAAGACUUCAAAUCGGACAAUUCUUUGUUGCGCUGGCCUUGUCAUGGGCAUACUUUUUCGUUGCGUAUGACAUCCCAACCACUUCAAAGCUUUCUGAAAACCCUCCACGUUCGAAUAUCCCUGACCAAUCAUCUGGACUCUUUGUUGAGGACCAUGUGCCCUACAGGACUGUGCACUGUUUAGAUAGCAGUGGCCAAGUCUUCUCAUUUUUCUUUGCUACUGUCUAUGUCAUCCCUUUGAUUAUUCUUUUUAUGGACUUUUUUGCCAAAUCAUAUUUUAAUGUGAAGAAGGCAAAGGUUACAUAA